AUGUUAUUAAUAUCAAAUAAUAAAAAUAAAUGUUCAACGUAUUUCUCAUUUGUAACCGGAUUCCGUGGAAGUCGAAAACUAAAGGUUGGCGAAUAUAGUUUUACCCGAAAUAAAUCAUCUGGGGCUAAGACUUAUUGGUCUUGUGCCCGGGCAGGUAUCCACAAAUGUAAAGCGAGAGUAGUGACAAUCGACGAAGAGACACGACACGAUGUCGUUAUUAAAUGCGGUUUUCAUAAUCAUGCACCUUUUUAAAAAUAAUUUAAGAAUAAUUAAAGCAAAUACGUUUGACCAUAAUUGAAAAAAUAGAACUUUAAUUAAUUUUGUUUUCUUUACACAAAAAUGUAUAUAAAUAUCUUUUAAUGUAUUUUAAUAGUUAGCUGAAUUGUAACGAAGCUAAAUCAAUGAUUUAAUUUGCAUUUAUAGAAAUAAAAAUAAUUAAAUUAUGUGAAAUACAAUUAUAGUUGAUUUUUGUUUAAAAUUUAAGCCGAACAUACGCCUGAACUUGUAUUAUAUUUAAAUUAUGGACACACAAAACUAAAACAACAAUGUUUAUGGGAUUAAUCUAAGGAAAGUAUUAUUAAAACCCAGAAAACAAACUUUUAUUAAUUCGUGGCUAAAGUGGAGCUACUAUGCUUCUUUAAAAUGGAUAUCAUCAUGUGGGCGAUGGUCGAAGUAGUUCUUAAUAUUAUUGGACAUUCGGUUUCAUUAGGUCAGUAAUGCUUUAUGAAUAGUUCUCAAAACCUCAUUUAUAUCCUUUUAUUAUUUCUUAGGACAUAGUAAUCUCAACGCUAAUAACAAUCAACGACGGAAUUAAAAAAAUGACUUUGUUCAAAAGAUCAUAACUUUUCUCAGAUAUAUCGAAAAAGAAACAAGAACUGUUUAAACAAU